UCCAUUACCGUACGGAAACACAGAGAUCCUGUCUUGUUUUCCAACCGUUCAGCCGCAGAGGAUAAGUGGCAACCACCAUGAACAUGAACCCUUGAGAGCUUCACCCACCCAAUUUUUUUCCAUCAACCGCCUGCAGAAUCACCCAAGCGUGUCGCCAUUUUCAAACCCCCAUCAUCAAUUACUCAUUAAUUAUUCCAUAUUUAUUAAUUUAUUAUUUUCAGUAUUCGCUUUUAUGCUCUUCCCUUUCAAGAGAUCGUCCUUCGACUUCGGGCGGGCAGUACAACCUCUGCGAUUGUGCGUAUCCCCUUCGAAAGCUGCGUCUCCACUCACUCGACAGACCAAACAUUCCCAUAAAAGUUGGCUCCUUUUUCUGUCAUUCCCGCCAUUGAUAAGGGGGUAAGCGAUUGGUUCUUGAGCUCCUGUUCGUCCUGUCGGCUUCGUCAAUGGUGGUUCCGGAUGGGUUCGUAUGAUUUAUGGCUUCGACAUCAUCUGGGUCUGUUCUAAGAUGGGUGUUGGUCGGAUUUCGUAUAAAUGCUGAGGGAAUGGCUCUGUUUCGGUGAUGGAUUAGGAGGUUCGUGUGGGUCUCUUGACUGUGUGGAGGGCUUGAUAAGUUCCUUAAGUUAUUGCUGGACAUAGAUUUGUUCUUUCGGGUAUCAUUUUGGGGAGCUUUGCCUGAAAUUUGGAUUUUUAUGUCUCUGCUGCAACGGAAUGAAGCCUCUGGAUGUUUACGUUGUUGUCAACUCAUUUCUGUGAUUUGGGGAGUUUGGUUCGUAUGUGGAACUGAGUUUGUGUUGGUUUCUCAUUUGCUGCCCUGGUAAUGUCCUUCUGUCGUAUUACUGAAAACCAAUAAAAUCACGGGAGUUUGGAGCUGGGGUGGCAUCUCGGGGGUUCUAGGGUACUCCCUUGAUUCAUUUCAGAAAGGGAUAGGAUUCGGUCCCAUUGGGUUUGCAGGGUUUCUAGCAGUUUAUGUUUACAGAAUGUAUUGGCCUUGGUUGCUUCAUGUUGAGAAGUAGCGCCAAUCGGAAACCAGUCUGGUGGAAAUUCCGCUAGCUUUCGUCAUUGUUGAAGGGAUAUCAGAAAUGGAUUUCUGGGUGUUUGUAGCAGCUGCUGGUGCUGGAUGCUUAGCAAAGCGCUUACAAAGCACCUCGAUGUAUAAGGAUGGUUUGUCAAAGCUAUCUUAUGAAGCUUCCUCUUCUGGAGAUCAUGAAUUACAUAACUAUCCGGCCCGCAGGUUGGCGCAUAGAAAUAAACUAGAAAAAGAUGCUUCUAAGAAUGUCUUGAACGAGCAAAUCUUUGAUAUUUCUCACUCCAAUUGUAGUCCAGCUGCAGAUUGGGGUUCUCCCUCCGGAAUAGAUGAUCAAACAAGCGCGAGGGACUUGCGAGAAUGCAACGAAUCUUCUGGAGCAAGUUUACCUGCAGAUUUUCCGAUGGAACAAACUGAAACAGGGGAUGAGAAUAGGAUCAAUAACGAUAGCAAUAACUGUGACAGCUCAGAAGUUUUUUCAGCUGAACCGGCAGGUGGGGGAAUGGCCACUUUUCAUGGCUAUGCCAAACAUGGACGUUGCCUUAGGAGUAGAUAUCUCCAGGAAAUAUAUCUUAAACCUCAAAGUUCGCUUGAAAGUUGCCUCAUGGCUCAGUUAUACAAUCAUCAUGCUGAAAUGGUGGAUUUUUCUCACCAUCCCCUUACACCAGCAACCUCUCUGAAUAUAAGACCCUUGCUUGUCCCUGAUGAGAGCAGCAGAAUCAGUAGACUCGCCGAUCCUUCUUCACGGCAAGCAGGAGCUGAGGUAAAGAAAUCACAUAAAAAGGUCUACCCUGAUAGAAGGAGAGCUGUGCUCGGUGUUCCUCCACUACCAACAGUUGGCUGUUCUAAAAUGCCAAAGCAAGUCCACAAUAGGAGUGGAAAGGGAAAGGAUUUGGUUGGCUCGAGCAGAAUGACCAAUGGGAAGAAGAUUCAUUCUCGAAAUGGGACACCAGCUGGGACCACGUUGCUCUGCUUUGGGAUUUCUCUCGGCAUCAUAUUUUCUGUUGUAGCAAAUAAGAAAGAAGUAGACAAGCUGAAGGAGUUGUUGAAGCAGACAGAAAACUUGGUUCAGGACCUACAGGAGGAGCUUGAGAUGAGGGAUUCGAUGACAGUGAAGGAGCUAGCAAGUGAGAAUUAUGAAUCUCUAGAUACUCGUAACAAUUCUAUUCAUGGUACUGCCCCAAGCAUUUUUUCCCCUGAGCAUUGUAUCGAAAAUCCAAACAUGUACAACGGUAAAGCAUCUUAUAUUGAGACGGCAGGCAAGAGUCCCGAUUCUAUGACUAGGAUUGAAGCCGAGCUGGAAGCAGAACUCGAAAGGCUGGGGCUUAACCUUAAGGCUGCUAACUUGGGAAGGAAAUUGUCUGAUGCUGAGCUCGACCCCGACUUUGCUGCAGGUUUUGCUGGGGGUGAGUUCAGAGCUGAGGGAGAUUUUUCCCUAAAAGAUGCAAACUGUCAAGAUUCGAGCAACACCUCCACCACUCACUCUGUAAACUAUGCAGUUUCCCCCCGUGAGCUUAGCCUGCGGUUGCAUGAGGUCAUUCAGUCCAGGCUUGAAGGACGAAUCGAAGAGCUUGAGUUAGCCCUCCAGAAUAGCCAGAGGAAGGUUCAGCUUCUGGAAUCAUCGGCCUCCAAGAGUCGAAGGAGGAGUCCCCUGAUCAAGGAUCUUCAACUUCCGGAUCCCCACCAAUCGUUUCCCAAGCCUUUCGUGAUGAGCUUGUCAGGGGAAGCUCUGACCGCUUACCGUGAAGCCUAUGAGGAGCUGGUGAAGUUCGAGUCGGAGGAGGAUGAUUCUCCAUCUGGUCUUUCCGAGGGACAACACCGAGAAUUCUCAGAAACGGAGCAAAGCACGGCCCAGGAGAUUGACCACGUGUAUGCAGUUGGUUAUGAGAGCAGCGAUGCUGAUGAUGAGAAGGAGAAGUUAUUGAUUAAGCAAAUUAUUGAGAGGACCAAGAAAGGGUCUCCAGUUGUUGUGAAUGCUUUGUUAUCUAUUGAUGAAGUCGGCGAGUGAGAAUUUUGUUAGUUCGAUCUUAUAAUUUCAAUAGAAGAAUUUUAACCCUCUUCACCUUC